CCAAAGCUUGACAACAAAGCGGUUUUUUGCAACGGCAGUUACUGGAAGCUCUUGCCUAAACAGUUUUUCCUCCUAAAAUCAGUCGUAGAGCAACAAAACACUAAAAGGCAGAGAUUAAGUUGGAGGGAAAGUUUCUCCCGGAGCCGGACAAAUGUCAACAUGGCGGCGAAAAAAAAAAAAAAAAAAAUCGUUGUGUCCAUUCUGGAAGCCUGGUGGUGCAGGCCAGCUUCGACGGGGAGCAGCUGGCCACCGACCCGGUGGAGCACCGGGAGCAGCCGCGCUUCAGCACCGAGCUGGCCUGGGAGCUGGACCGCCGGACACUGCACCAGCACAGGCUCCAGAGGACUCCCAUCAAGCUCCAGUGUUUCGCCGUGGACGCCGUCAGCCGGAAGCGGGACGGCGUGGGCUACAUCGUGCUGGACCUCCGGUCGGUCCAGGAGGUCAAACAGGAGCCCCGCUGGUACCCCCUGCUGAGCAGCCGGUACACCAAGCAGAGGCCCGCCCUGCUGCUGGGCCUGGCUCUGGAGGGCGACGCCAAGCCCCCGCCGCCGCCGCCCGAUAGGUUCAGAGCCAAGGAGGCGCCGCCCCGACAAGGCGCCUCCUCGGUGUCGGAGCUCCUCCCGGAGCAGCUGGAGGCGGUCCUGGUCCCGGAUCAGGGCUUCCACCAGGUGGGCCCGGCCGAGCUCGGCUCCGACAUGUUCCUGCUGUCCGUCACCGUGGCCUUCGCCACCCGGCUGGAGCAGCUGGUCCCCGGCACCUCCAGGCUGUCGGCGGAGGACUCGGGCUUCUUCUUCUACUACUCUCUGCUGGGGAACGACAUCACCAGCGAGCCGUUCGGCAGCCUGCUGAGCCCAGACUUCCAGCCGGAGCGCGCCUCCGUACGCAUCCGCAGCAGCAAGCAGAUCCUGCUGGCCUUCCUGUCCCAGCAGCCCAGCCUGCAGGUCCACCUGUGCUGUGGCAGCCGGUCUCUGGGCAGCACGGAGGUCUCUCUCUCGGCUCUGGCCGCUCUGCCCGUGGACCUGGACAGCAGGGCGGCCACAGUGGAGGGCGCCUUCGUGCUGCGGCCGCCGAAGCGCGUCCAGCUGCCCGCGCUGCCCCCCGACCUGCAGCCCACCGUGGGAGUGGCCGUCAGCCUCCGGAGGGAGGACGCGCCCCCCCAGGUACAGCCAGCGGCCGCCAUCGGCACCCCACCUGAAACGGCCCAGGUCCAGAAGAUUGGUUUAGAUAUUAGAUUUCACUUAGAAACCAAAGAAAAAACUCUAGAG